AUGAGUGAGCAGACGCUGGUCCACGUGCCUUCACCACCAUGGCAGGGCCUGUGUCACCAGACAGCCCUGCACCGGGCAGCCAUGGUGGGGAACAGCGACGCCGUGGCUGCUCUGAUUAAAGGAGGCUGUGCCGUGGAUCUGCAGGACAGAGAUGGCACCACGGCGCUGCACGAGGUGUCUUGGCAUGGUUUCUCUCAAUGUGUCAAACUGCUGGUGAAGGCAAAAGCUGAUGUACACAUCAGGAACAAGGCAGGAAACACAGCACUCCACCUGGCCUGUCAGAACGCACAUGCUCAGACUGCUCGCCUUCUGCUGCUCGGAGGAUCCACACCCGACGCCAAAAACAACAUGGGGGACACAUGUCUGCAUGUGGCUGCUCGCUACAACAACCUGACCCUGGUGAAGAUCCUGCUGAGUUCUCUGUGCCGUGUGUCAGAGAGAAACCAGAGAGGGGACACAGCUCUCCAUGUGGCUGCUGCUCUGAACCAUAAGAGGACAGUUCAGCUCCUGCUGGAGGCGGGGAUUGAUGGGACAAUCAGAAACUAUGCAGGUAAAACAGCCCUCGACAAGGCCAGAGAUAACAACCACAAAGAUGUGGCACUUCUCCUGGCUAGAGCUCCUCAGGUACAUCGCCUCAUGCGAGGAAGAACAAUAAGGAAGCGAAGAGAAAGACUGACCGCUGAACGCAGGACCCAGUCUGUCACCAGAGUAGACAUUCCACCAAACAAUGACAGCAGCUCUGUGGCGGAGGAAAUGCUCAGCAGUGAACAGAUGGAGAGCAAAACUGCCAUCAAGGUGGGGCCUCACCAGCAGCAGAAGCAGCAGCAGCAGCAGCAGCAGCAGCAGCAUUGCUACAAGACCGCGGCCGCCAUCAGCAGCCCCUACAGGCACCGCAAGAGGAGAAGAGUCAAGGUGCAGGUUUUGAAAAAAGAUGAUCUGAGAAAAGGAAAGAAUGACUUCCACAUAACAAAGGAUCUGCUCUGUGACGAUGAUGAAGAUAGUUCUGCUCACGAUGGAAAAACUUAUCAGCUCUACACACUUUACCGUGACAAGGACGGCAACAUCAGACAGGCACCAGCCAAUGGAUGCCGUUGUAAGCCCCUGCUCAAGAAGCUGGAGGGCGAACUGAAAGUCACGCAGGAGGAGAUGAGGCUGCACAUCCUGAACAUGCAGGAGCAAGUCAGCGAUCGGCUGGGCAAAAUGGACCGCAGGAAUAGACACCAGAUUAAAGUGUUAGACAUGCUGAAUCAGGAAAGAGCAGCAGCAGAGAGGAAGAACAUGAACUACAGGAUGGAGCAGAGAGUUGCCCAGGAGAGAGAGGAAGCCCUGAUGACACAGCAGGCAGCAGUGACUGAUGAAUUGAAGAGGUGGUGUAUGUCCCAGCUGAAAGACAUGAACAUCCACAUCCCAGCCAAAACCCAGUAUUACAAACUCCUCCCGUCACCGUCUGUGGAGCAGUCCAUGGCAGAUGCCGACCUGGAAUCACUCCCCUUGCUGUCUGUGGUAUCUGGAGACAGCAGCACGUCACUGGCUACCUACGUCAACAUCGUGCCAUCGAAAUCUACACACAGUCUGGAAGGCCCAGAGCGAGAGCUGCUGGGAAACAGGACAUACUUUGAAAUGAAAGUGGACAGGUCACCAGGUGACUAUGAGAACACAUCAAUGUUUCCACUGGGCUCUGCUGACCCCUUCAAGCAGUCUCCGGGACUGCAGGACAGUACCAUAGCAGCAGUGGUGCCACUGUGUGGGGACGGCCUCUCAAGCAGCAGCAGCCUGUCCAGCAUCAAUGACCAGGGGCCCAGACCAAUCCAACAGCAGGAACACAGCUGUGAUGGACAAUACAGGAAACACCUCAGAGAGCUGAUAAGAGCCCACAGAUGUGCAGGGAUCCAUAAAGAGAGCAGCAGGACGCUGGAGUUCUUCAUUGACCCUCCCGCUGAGCCCACGUUCAGCCAGGAGAGGAACAACCUGCACGCCAAGGAGGUGACUCAACGUUUCUUUGAGACGGUGUCCACUCAGCUGGAGCGUUGGUAUGAGAGGAAGGUCGUGGAGGUGGAGCAGGAGACGGAGCUCAGAGCCCAGUGGGACAGGAAGGAGCUGUUGCAGCGAAUAAGCGUGCUGGAGGAGGAGCUUCAGAAGCUGAGGACCAAUGAGAAUGCAGAGAGCUGA